AUGAAGCUACUAGAAAAUGGGUUAUCGAGAGAGGUGUUUGGCACAUUGAUGACUGUAUUAUUUGUAGCACCAUGGUCUCCUGCUACAACCCUCAAAAGUCAAGAGAUUUCGACUUUGCCAGUUUGGGUGAAUAUUAAGAAUAUCCCGGAUAGGUGUUAUUCUUGCUUAGGUAUCAGCCACAUAGCUUCAGGAUUAGGGGAACCGAUUCUAACCCACAAACCUCGUCUUGAGCCGCAAAUGGGUGAGGCAAAUUUUUUGCUAGAGAUGGAAUUAGAGAAGUCAUUCCCUAAAUUGAUUGCUUGUGAUGACAAGCAAGGUAACAUCUAUUUAGUUGAAGUUGAGUACACUUGGAUACCUUCAACAUGUGUGAGAUGUGGAAAUUUGGGGCAUAAGGAGAAGAUAUGUCGUUUACCUCCUAACACUCCACAAACUAUCAACAACAUUGACCGAGGUGAAGACACCUCAAUUGUGCCUGUGGUUAAUAUAGAAUAUCUCUCGCAAACAUCUUCACCUAUGGCCACUACUCUACUAAAGGAAUCUGCCACCACUGAUACCCAACUUGGUGUUCAAAAAGAAAUCAGCAAUGAUCAAGAUUUACCACCAGUUAUUGAGGAUCCGGUUGCAUUGAGUCAUUUACGUCUACACCAGCAAGACACCUCACAAGCAAAAGAGGUUCCUCUACAACAACAAGAUACCUCACAAGCAAAGGAGGUACUUCUACCAGAAACUCAGUCUAUUACCACACCAUUAGCAGGGGGUUCCCUAGCUCCAAGUUCCAAAAAAUUUAUGGAGACUUCUCCAUCCAACAUUAACAUCUCUGAGAAACCUUUCUUGGAAGAUGAUGCUUUAAUUGAUUCGCCUCUUGUCAUACAAGAUUGUGGUACUUUUGCGACUUUAGAUUUGGGUUCAGGUUUUGAGAUAGGUACUUCUCAAAGAAUCCGAGGAGAAAGGUCAAUAAAACCCACUAAAAAAUCCAAGACAUGCAAUAGGAGGAGGCCGACGAGGCUAUCUACCUCCCUACCUACCACCAUUUUAGAAGUUUCUAGAGAGUCAUCUCAAGAUCUUCUUAUCUUCAUUUCUCGUAUGUUUGGUUUCAAAUGUAUGGCUUCUCAAUUGUAA